GAGGCUGACUUUUUGACUGAUCUGGACAAACUCUACCUAGCAAUGGCUGAAGUUGGUACAGAAUUGAAUUUCAAUAUAUUGGUAUACAGUCUAGGUAUCACCAGUAUCAAUGCAUUGAAGGAUUACAAAUCAAAAGACAGCGUCAUACUGCAUCCUGAUGAGGUCAAUGGCAUAAAAAAGAAACUUGUCAACACAAGCUUCAAAUUUGAUCAGCUCGCUCAGGUAUCAUAGUACUAUUUCUGUACGUGUGCUUAGAUUUGGUGUAAGUUUGUAUUUGACAAGUAGCGGUUUAAUUCACCACGGUCAGCACACGGGCCCUUUUGCAGUUGAUAUAAAUUUUUCUUUCCUUACUACCAUCAAACCUGAAUUAAGCUGACUUGCAUUAGAAAGCAGUCCAUCACCUAUUUAGGGAUCACUGCCUCAAGUUCCCAGAAUCAUUUCCCUUAAUUACAGUUAUUAAUUGUAGUUAUUAAAAGCGGUUGCGGUCUCCGGUUCCGUGGUCCCAACGAGUUAUUUUUUUCAUUGUUUUCACCUCUAUUGAACGGUUUCUUUGUCAAGAUAUAGCAUACAAGUGCAGAAAAUAUACUCUGCAUAGCAUUCAGUGAUCUUUUACUUUUUUUUCUUUUGGUGCAAGAAGAGGUAGAAAAAAUCUGAGGUCAAUUUGUCGUGUUAUGAAUAUCUCGCUCACCAUCUUUAUUUUCUUCAUUAGGUUGGUCAAACAUGUGUUAGAUAGUCAACCUGUAUUAAGCGAUUAGUUCGCUCUCGAGCUUCCCAUUAGUUUCAUUAGGGGUACCGCUUAAUACAGGUUUGACUGUAGUAGUUUUGUACAUCGAGAAAAGCGCUUCAUGCACUUAAAAAAAUCUCCCUUGUAUUGCUUCUUGUGACUAUUAACUAUGUCAACGAUUCUGAGUGAAAGUCGAGUGAUUGCGUAUGACGUCUACUCCUUGUCUCACCCGAAUCGCGUAAAAAAGGUGAUCAAUAGAUGUUUUUUUAAUUGUCGAUUCCCAAGAAGGAACCAUGACGGUUGUGACGAAGGGCACCGUUUGGCAAACUUCGCAAGAAAUUUUAAAUGAUAAAAGGUGUCGGAACCUGUGAACCGCAAUUGUGUAUUGCUCAUUGGCCCUCAUGCAUAUGCAUAUAUGGGGCGGGUGGGGGGGUCCCAUCGAUCGGACACCUCAUGAAAUUUACACAUCGUAAUUUUCCCUUUUACUGGGUAGGUUGUUUUUUGUGGUUGGGGUUGAUGCUAUAUCGACUUAGGUUAUUACUGCUCCGUCCAGCAAAUCCUCAGUGGGUCAUCUGGGUCGUGGGUUCGAAUCCUGCUAUCUUUCAUAACAAAUUUGUUUUUUCUUUCAAAUUGAAGAGGCUUGCACUUUAAUGAACAUAUCCGGCUUGAAAUACCACCGAACUGUGAUAUAAAAGCAGAAAACAGUUCUACCUUGUGUAAAUUUCAUAAUGGGAGAAGGGGGCUACCGCCGAUGGGAUCUAAUGCUGACCCAUGCAUGUUGAGGCGAGUGGCUCAACUUUUACGUUUACACGCAGUUUUCAUACAUUGCCUCCAUUUUAUUUAUGCGCAUAAAUUUGCGUUCAUACGCUCGUACAAAUUAUGCCACAGUGGAAAUCCACCCUAAGAGAGCUGCUACAUAUAUUUCGAUUUAUUUAUCUCUUGAUAAUUGAUGCAUUUGCAGAAAUACCAGCAAAGUAAUGUUGUGAAAACAUGUCAAAUGAAAGGAAUACCGGUGAUCAGAAAACAAGACAUUGUUGUUACACGAACCAUAACUUGUGGCCAAAUGGCUGGAUAUGUAUGCGAAGCAGAGUGGACAAAGCCUGGUGGAACAAAGGUUUGCUCUAUAGAGGGUUUUUAUACUCGAAAGGAUUAUUAUGGGUACGACUUUUUCUUUUGAGCAUCGGCUGGGCGAUGACUUUUUGGGCUGAACUUUGUGUCAUCUUUGCAAUUUUUCAAAUCAGUCGAACCCUCCGUAAGCAUUCGACCAAAAUGCGAAGAUUUAGUGGUCGCUAAGAAGAGUCAUACUACAGAAAUCUCUUUCUAGAAUAUGUGCGGAAAGAUCUAUCUGCUUUUGGCUAAAGAAUUCAUUCGACUGUAUAUAAAACUGAUGAUGAAUUUGGUUGUUAACUGGGCAUUCGUGAUCCCUUUAAGCCUGUCAACCUCAAACACAGCGGCAUUAAAUAUUCAAGAAAAUAAAACACGGUGCAUACAUGAAAUGCCAUACCAGUGCUAAUCUUUAAAGUUGACGGUACGUGCAAUUUUCGUUGGUUUUAUUUUGCAUUUGUGUAUACGCGCAAGCUCCUUUUGCGUACGGGGGGAAGGGGGAAGGGGGAUUUACUGCUGCGCAUUCUGAAGCUUAAAUGGCGUUUUCUCUCUCUAGGAAAAAGUGUGUCUUCGUUAUGGAGAAACUGAGAAGCAACUAUUUGUACAUGAAGCAGAAAUGGCAAAUAGUUUCCGACACAAGUACAUCCUCGAUUUCCAUGGGGUGGUCAUUGCCACCUCAUAUUCACCGUACGUGGCUUUAGUAAGUAUUCCUGCUUUUUACAUUAAAUAAUAAUAAUAAAGAAAAAAAAAUCGGUUCAUUUUAACGAGCAGUGAGAAAGGAAGGAUAUGGAUGGCGAUGUUUUUCUGUGUGAAACAGUCCUCCAUCUACUGCUUUCUUUACCCGUGUCUAAGCCUUCCAUUAUAAAGAAGGGAUUUUUUCUUGGUUACCCCAUGUUCUAUUCAAAGAAAGCUUGACUGUUGAAUUACUUUAUUAACCUGCUGUCAGUCAGUUGCAAACAGCAUCCAAUGUAUUUUGUUCGUUAUUGUUACUGUCGUUUUCGCGACUAACCUUUAAGCGAAACUCUCUAAACAAUAUUUUACAUUGAAUUGCAGGUAAAUAUGCAGUUAUCGCUAGAUUUAUGAAUGUUUACAUUAGGGCCAUUUAUACGAGGAAAAAUAAGACGAGUCCCAAAUGAGACGCAAACUGUCCCGUGUAAACGGCACAGCUCGUCUGAAAUAAGACGCGACUUACAAUCCUGGUCAAAACGUUUGGGACACUUCGUGUUUUAGGUGAGGAAAUGUAAUUCAAGUUGACCCCCCUCCCCCCUGAACAGUGUUGGGUAUUACCAGUCAAACACCUUUUACAUAUCUUGUACACUUUAAGGACCUCAACUUUGUUUGGGGGGGGGGGGGCAAAUCUUGUUAAGGCCGUGUUUAUGAGUGUGUAUCACGGGUUAGCUACAAAUUCCAUACAAAACCAAUUGAAAAAGGGGAGGUGUCCCAAGACCUUUUGACCAGGAUUGUAGCUAAGAACAGCCCUCAACACCUAGCGUAUCCUUGAUCUUGCCGAUGUUGUAGCCACAUGUCCCUUGUAAAGAGCACGGCCGGCUUCGUUUGUGACUGCUUUAUUAGGACUGACAGAUUAUAUUUACUGUCACCCAAAGGUGGAGGAAUUUGCCGAGUAUGGAAACCUUGACAAAGCGUCCGAACACCACAGUGUAGAACGGCUUUGUAGAUUCACAGUUCAGGCUGCGUCCGCGUUAGAAUACCUUGAGUCGAAGAACGUCGUUCAUCAGUUACUCCAGCUUUGCUGCAUGGUAGUUUCUGAUUAUCAGGUAAUCUGAACUUCUCUGCUUAUGUUAUAGAGGUUGACUGGUCGGGCUCAAUCAAAGACACAAUAUUUAGACAUUAUCCGAUAACCCACUGUUAUUUGUAGCUCUGAUAUUGGCAGCACGACUUUUGAUCCCACAAAUAUGGUUGUGUCUCAGGCCCCGUUAAAGAGAGAAUCUGUCCCGGGAAGAAGGUUUACCCUUCCAGCCGAGUCAACUGUAAAGAGCAUUUAUACAAAAAAAUUGACCCAUGCUCUGUUUGUCUCGCCUUGACUGAGUUGACCCGGCUUGGCGCGCCAAAGUGUUUACAGAGAAAAGUUGGCCUGGCUUUGAGGGAGAUCCUACUAUCGGAAAAGGGUUACCCCGGUACUCUUCCAGCCGAACCAGCCUUUUUUUUCUCGUGUAAACGGUUCGUCGCCUCGUUUUGUAAGGAAAUGUAUGAAACGUUGGCUUGCCCAGGUUAGCUCAGAUAGGCGAGUAAUCUUCUGCCAGGGACAAUUUUCUGGGUCGCACAGUUGGUGCUAGUAAGUGCUGUUAAAUUAUUGUUUUUUCUCAUUAGCUGAAGCUUGCUGGUAUUGGGUAUUGUGAGUUUCUAAACGACGCGAGGAGGUAA